UGGCAGGGGACCUGUAACUGUACCUGACGCGGACACUCACUACCGUGUCUGGAAGUACUUACACCUCACCUCAGCGUGUUAUUUUUUAUUUUUUUUGAAAUCUUUUAGUAUUCCUCUAGUCGUCACAUUUUCCUCAGUAGACUUCAGCAGGCAUGAACUGUUAGCAGAGCUUGUCUUCUGACUGUCUGACGUUAGCAUGUUAGGUAACGUUAAUAAGGAUCCUGCUGCAGCUCUGCUCUGUAUUCAUGUAUUUAUAAAGCAGAAUUGAUUUCUAUGUGUUAACUACUGCACAAGCCAACUGCUGUGGACUGAAUGCUGAGACAUGGGGUCAGAGUCAGUGAAAGUGGUGGUCAGGUGCAGGCCCCUGAAUGACAGGGAAAAAGCGCUUUGUUCUAAGAUGGUGCUGUUCAUGGACCUGCACCGCUGUCAGUGUUUCAUAGAAAAGCCCGGAGCAGCGGAUGAGCCACCCAAGCAGUUCACCUUUGAUGGGACCUACUUCAUUGAUCAAACCACUGAACAGAUGUACAACGAGAUUGCAUAUCCUUUAGUUGAGGGUGUCACUGAGGGAUACAAUGGCACAGUCUUUGCCUAUGGACAAACUGGAAGUGGGAAGUCUUUCACCAUGCAGGGAGUGUCAGAGCCUGCAGCCCAGAAGGGGGUUAUUCCCCGAGCCUUUGAGCACAUCUUUGAGAGUAUUCAGUGUGCAGAAAAUACAAAAUUCCUCGUGAGGGCCUCCUACUUGGAGAUUUACAAUGAAGACAUCAGAGACCUUUUGGGAAAUGACACCAAACAGAGAUUGGAGCUGAAAGAGCAUCCAGAGCAUGGGGUGUAUGUGCGGGACCUCUCCAUGCACACUGUGCACAGUGUUGGGGAGUGUGAGAAAAUCAUAGAGCAAGGGUGGAGGAACCGGGCAGUGGGCUAUACACUGAUGAACAAAGACUCCUCCCGCUCGCACUCCAUCUUCACUAUUCAUUUGGAGAUCUGCAACACAGAUGCAGCUGGACAAGACCGUCUACGAGCUGGUAAGCUCAACCUUGUUGACUUGGCAGGAAGUGAGCGUCAGUCUAAAACCGGUGCUACUGGUGAGCGACUCCGUGAGGCCACCAAGAUCAACCUGUCCCUCUCAGCCCUGGGUAACGUCAUCUCUGCCCUGGUGGAUGGACGCUCCAAAUACAUCCCCUACCGGGACUCCAAGCUGACCAGACUGCUGCAGGACUCUCUGGGAGGAAACACGCGCACCUUGAUGAUUGCCUGUCUAUCCCCUGCAGACAACAACUAUGAGGAAAGCUUGAGCACACUGCGCUAUGCCAACCGGGCCAAGAGCAUCCAGAACAAGCCUCGUAUCAAUGAGGACCCAAAGGAUGCUCUGCUCCGAGAGUAUCAGGAGGAGAUCAAGAAUUUGCGGGCCCUUAUCUCAGACCAGCUAGGCACUGCUAACCUUGCGUCUCUGCUGGCUGGUCAGUUGUCUGAGGUAUCCCCUGCUGUUGAUUCAAGGCCACAGUCCAGCACCACAGAAACAGAGAAGGAGAAGAUUAAAGAGGAGUACGAAGAGAGGCUGGCCAAGUUGCAGGCUGAGUACAACGCAGAGCAGGAAUCCAAGGCAAAGCUGCAGGAGGACAUAGCUGCCCUGCGUUCCUCCUAUGAAUCCAAGCUGUCAAAUCUGGAGAAGGCUAGAGCCAGCAGGGGGAGCUCUGUAUCAAAGAAUGUAUCAGCGAGCUCAAACUGUAUGACACAAGUCGCUGAGGAAGAACUCUGCCACAACACUGAUCCCAUGUGCCACAGUCAAACUGGAGACACUUCCCUGACCGAGGUAGUGAGUCAGCCUGCUGUACCUUGUGCAGCAGUAAGCGUCCAAAAAGGCCCAAGCAGAGACGAGCGCAUACACUCACCUGACAUCCCUCCUGCAGGGCCUCUGGACCAGAAACACGUCUUUGAAAGACUGCAGCAGCUGGAACAGGAGGUGGUAGGAGGAGAGCAGGCCAAGAACAAAGAGUUACAGCAGAGACACCGGCAGAGGAAGAACCUCGCAGACCAGAGAAAAGUCCAUCUUAUCCACGCUCUGUCAGAGAACAGCGAGGAGAGUGAAAACGUACUCUUGAACGUCUACAACUCCAUCCAGGAAGAGGUCCAUGCCAAAAGCCAAAUGCUGGUCAAAGUCCAGGGCAAGCUGAAAGCGGCCAAACUGGAAAUCCGUGACCUGCAGGCGGAGUUCGAGGUGGAAAGGAAUGACUACUUAGCAACAAUCCGGCGGCUGGAGAGGGAGGGCCAGUUACUGCACUGCCUGCUGGAGCGCAUGGUGCCGCUGGUGCGCCGUGACUGCAACUACAGUAACCUGGACCGCUUGAAGAAAGAAGCUGUCUGGGACGAGGACAGCGUCACUUGGAGCCUGCCGGAUGUGAUGGUGCAGAAAACAACACUGCCUUCAGCAGUGGCUCCAAAACUUUCAGCUCGCAGAGGUUCAGCUGCUGAUAAUGGAGAGCCAUUCAUGCAGGUGGAGGAGGACAGGUACAAAGAAAUGCUGGAUCGUAGUGAUAGUGAGAACAUCGCCAGCAGCUACUUCAAGUCAAAGAGAGCAAGCCAACUGCUGGGACGUGAGGCUACCAAGGGACAUGCAAUCCACUCGCCUCCCCUGGUUAACGGGGCAGCCCACCUCACUGUGAGUGGUUCCACCAUGAACCUGCCUCUUAGCUCAGACUCUGUCCUGCCACGCCCUUUCCGUCUGGAGUCGUUGGGUGUCCCAGUGUCCAAUGGUAAGGUGAAACGCAAAAAAAGCAAACCUCACAUCCACAGUGAGGGGAUUUGAAAAGACUGAAUUCUCAUGCUCUACAUACUUAACACAUUCCUCUACAUACUUAACACAUUCCUCUGUCAUCUGAUUUUGUACACUUUGAUCGAUCACAUACAGUAUAUAGUAAAUUGUUAUGUAUUGAAUUUCUGGUAACCACUACAGUGUAAACAAACACUUUUUGUGGACAUUACGAGUCCAGUCAUGUUUUAGAUUACAUUUUGAAUGUCUACAAUGUCUACCUAUAGUAUGAUACUACCCUUUAAUUUUUGCACUGUACCUAAAAACUGGUGAUUCAUGCUCUUUGAGACUUAAAAGUCCAAUCCACUAUAAUAUUUAACUUCUAAGGUAUUUUACUGAUUUGUAAACCAAACUUUUAACCUGUUCCUUAUACAACAUAGCUCUAGUUAGUUUUUAGUUUUUAUAUAAUCUAUGGCUAAUUUUAUUUACUUUACAAAAAAGUCCUUUAAAUUUGGCUUGUUUAGUGUUUUAUGAAUGGUAAUAAGCAAUAAGAUCUCAGACCAGUCAGAAGUGUCAUAGCAAUGGGCGGCUGUCACAAAUGUGUUGAGGGGCUGUUGUCAAGGCAGCAGUGUUGACAGGUAGUAGAUGGGUAUCUCAUGUCACAUAUGACCUGGGGUCAGCAUUGUGGAGUUUGGUCUGACGUUACUUAAGCUUAAUAAAGAUGAGAGAACCCUUCA